CGCAUACCACAACAUUCAACAAUAUUACUGCAAUAUUAUUAUGCAAAUGCUGGCGGUAUCAAUUAGUACACGGUUCUUAUCGAUUGAUAACACUGAACAGAUAAGUAUUCAUUUAGCCGGCACGGUUUGAAUAAUCUUGUUCACGCAUAACCUUUACACUUUUUGACAGUAAUAAUACUAAUUAGUUGUAUUAUUAUUUAUAAUACUACGUUUUGCUUUGCUCAUUGAACGUUUUUGUUAGCCUUUUCGACAACGUGCCAUCAUACACGCUAAAAGCAGCACGUGUUCAAUGCGUUUUCCGAGUCUCAUCAACAACAGCAAUUAAUUGGUAAAACCGUUGUGCAUAUUAUUUGAUUUUCGAAGAUAAGCUAAUGCGAUGACCUAUUAAUACCUCACUCGCCAUUGCCAAUCGCAUUCGGUCCGCUGAACGUUGUCGGUUGAUCAGUACCAUCCAACAUGUAUACGCGCAAAAUCAGCUCGAUUCUGCGUAGCAAUUUCAAUUAUAAUCUGUGCGCACAAAGAUUCAAGCAUGACAGUUCGGAGAGGAAAAGUCCCCGAAAUCACUACGACCCAGACACUGUUAAUGAAAAUCCAAUUGAUAGGUGUAAAAGAUUUUUGAAGAGGGACUUUAACGAGAUAGUAAAAACAUUUAAUGAUCCAUUUGACCAAUACGAGGACAAUAAACUGUUCCCCAAAACAGUAGACGUACUGAUCAUUGGUGGAGGUGUGAUGGGUUCAUCCAUUGCUUAUUGGCUUCAAAACAAAUGCAGAGACGGAUUAAAUAUUGCUGUUGUUGAAAAAGAUUUAUCGGUAAACAAAACUAUUUUAACUCUUCAAGAGUAUGAAAAAGCAUCUUCAGUAUUAUCAUGUGGAGGAAUUCGUCAACAGUUUUCACUCAAAGAAAAUAUUCAGUUAUCCCAAUUUAGUGCUGAAUUUCUUCGAGAUAUCAAAGAUUACCUAACUGUACCAGAUCAAGAUCCACCUGAAGUAAAUUUUAACCCAUCUGGUUAUUUAUUUUUAGCCACAAAAAAAGGAGCAGAUACUAUGUUAGAAAAUCAUAAAGUACAAAAAGAACUUGGAGCUUGUGUUGAGCUGUUAACGCCAGACAUGAUUAAGGAAAAAUAUCCUUGGUUAAAUGUAGAUGAUAUUGAAUUAGGAAGUUUUGGAAGUUUAAAUUCUGGAUGGUUUGAUCCAUGGUCAUUGUUGAAUGCAUUUAGAACUAAAGCUAAAUCACUUGGGACAUAUUAUGUUGAGGGCGAAGUGACUGAUUUUGGUUUUAAAUUUGAUCAAAGUAUAUCUGCAGAGGGAAAUCCUAAUAAAGAAUAUGAAGGAAUUAACAGUGUAAAGAUCAAUUUAGCAAAUGGUGAAACCCAACAAAUAGUUUUUGGUAUAUGUAUAAUAGCAGCUGGCGCUAAUUCAGGAAAUAUUGCCAGAAAGGCUAAGGUUGGUGAAGGUAAAGGAUUUUUAUCAACGCCUUUGCCCGUUGAAGCUCGUAAACGUUAUGUUUAUUAUUACCAUGCUCCUAAGGGUCCUUCAUUGGCUCCAAUGGUUAUUGAUCCAUCUGGAAUUUAUUUCAGGCCUGACAGUUUUGAUAACCACUACAUAUGUGGUAAAUCACCAAUGCCAGAUGAUGAACCGGAUACAGCUAAUUUGGAUGUAGAUCACGAAUUUUUUGAAAAAGAGAUUUGGUCAAAUCUUGCUCACAGAGUUCCUGCCUUUGAAGAAGCAAAAGUAAAAAGUAGUUGGGCUGGAUAUUAUGAUUAUAAUUGGUACGAUCAAAAUGCAAUCGUAGGACCCCAUCCUAGUUAUUUUAACUUGUUCUUUGCAACUGGUUUUAGUGGUCAUGGUAUACAACAGGCACCGGCCAUUGGCCGUGCGAUCAUGGAAGCAAUCACAGAGAAUGGAUACAGCUCGAUUGAUCUUACUAGGUUUGGCUUUGGCCGACUAAUUGCUGAAAAACCAUUAUAUGAGAAGAGCAUUAUUUAAUGACUAGUGUUAAUUUUUUGUUGUGAAAUAUUUUAAUUUAAACUUAUGGUUAAUAAAUCGUAAAAUAUUUAUGCGUGCAA